CUCUCUCUCUCUCUCUCUCUCUCUUCUAGUUUCACUCCAAGGCGACAUCUUCGAAGCUCCAAAGCUCACACAUUUUCUCUUCGUCUUUGUAAUCUCCGCUAAAACUCUGUAACUCUCUUUCUCUCUCUAUAAAGAAACCUCGAAAAUACUCUCUCUCUCUACACAAUUCUCUCUCUCUCUAUCUCUAUCUCUCACUACAAUGUCGCAGUCUCUGCAACUCUUCACCUCUUGUAGCCGGUCACCCAACCACCAACCUCUCCCCAACGGCCACAGCUACUCCGACCUAAAGCCGUUUCUCCUCCCCGGUCGCCGCCGGUUCCCGGUCACCGCCUUCCCCAAGCUCGCAAUCAAGGCCUCGUCCUCGUCAGAUCUCGAACCCUCGCCGGUGCUGGUCUCCGAAAACGGCGGCGCCGGUGGAGCGUUGUCUCCGGCGCCGGCGGCUGUUUCGUCCGAUUCGAGCUCGAUCGAGGUCGACGCGGUGACGGAGGUGGAGCUGAAGGAGAACGGCUUCCGGAGCACGAGGAGGACGAAGCUGGUGUGCACGAUCGGACCGGCCACGUGCGGGUUCGAGCAGCUGGAGGCGCUGGCGGUGGGAGGGAUGAACGUGGCGAGGAUCAACAUGUGCCACGGCACGAGGGAGUGGCAUCGGCGGGUGAUCGAGAGGGUUCGGAGGCUGAACGAGGAGAAAGGGUACGCCGUCGCCAUUAUGAUGGACACUGAAGGGAGUGAGAUUCACAUGGGAGAUCUCGGAGGAGCUUCUUCGGCCAAGGCCGAGGAUGGUGAAGUCUGGACUUUUAGUGUUAGAGCUUUUGAUUCAACUCAACCGGAACGCACCAUCAACGUCAAUUAUGAUGGUUUUGCCGAAGAUGUAAAAGUGGGUGACGAACUCUUGGUGGAUGGUGGAAUGGUUAGGUUUGAAGUGAUAGAGAAGAUUGGUCCAGAUGUUAAGUGCCUAUGUACUGAUCCUGGACUAUUACUUCCUCGGGCUAAUUUGACGUUCUGGAGGGACGGGAGUUUGGUACGAGAACGUAAUGCCAUGCUCCCCACAAUUUCUUCUAAGGAUUGGCUGGACAUUGAUUUUGGGAUUGCAGAGGGUGUUGACUUUAUUGCCAUAUCAUUUGUCAAAUCUGCUGAAGUGAUCAAUCAUCUUAAAAGCUACAUUGCUGCAAGAUCUCGUGACAGCGACAUUGCCGUCAUUGCAAAGAUAGAGAGUAUCGACUCUUUGAAGAACUUAGAAGAGAUCAUUCAAGCAUCGGAUGGAGCUAUGGUAGCAAGAGGAGAUUUAGGUGCCCAGAUACCAUUGGAACAGGUCCCUGCAGCCCAGCAAACGAUCGUGCAAGUUUGCAGGCAGUUAAAUAAACCAGUCAUUGUUGCCUCUCAGCUGCUUGAGUCGAUGAUUGAAUACCCCACGCCCACUAGAGCUGAAGUGGCUGAUGUUUCUGAGGCAGUUAGGCAGCGAGCAGAUGCGCUGAUGCUCUCUGGUGAGUCAGCCAUGGGCCAGUACCCAGAGAAGGCAUUGGCUGUCCUCAGAAGUGUUAGCCUGAGAAUUGAGAAGUGGUGGAGGGACGAGAAACGCCAUGAACCUAUGGAACUCCCGGACAUUGGCUCUUCAUUUUCAGACAGUAUUUCAGAGGAGAUUUGCAACUCUGCUGCCAAGAUGGCUAAUAAUUUAGAGGUGGAUGCACUUUUUGUCUACACAAAGACGGGGCAUAUGGCAUCCCUCCUGUCACGUUGCCGACCUGAUUGCCCCAUAUUUGCUUUCACUUCCACGACGUCGGUGCGCAGGCGUCUAAAUCUGCAAUGGGGUCUCAUACCAUUCCGCCUAAGUUUCUCCGACGACAUGGAAAGCAACCUCAACAAAACCUUUGCUUUGCUCAAGGCCAGGAAUUUGAUCAAAUCGGGCGACCUCGUGAUCGCUGUCUCUGACAUGUUGCAGUCCAUUCAAGUUAUGAAUGUUCCUUGAGAGAGCUUCUCAUCAAAACUGCCGUCAUCCAAAAUCUAUUGGUUUCAACUGUUUUUGGUGGUUGGUGGAAAGAGAUUGGAGAAGAAAUCAAUGCAAGUUGUCAACUUUGCUUUCCUCGUCCACACCCUGGAAUUCCUGCUUCAAUUAUUUGGGUUCGAUUAAAUUAAUAUUCGUGGUCCAUCUAAAAUUGAUCACUGUGAUGCCCUUGGACGUUUUUGUAACAUGAGCUAUCUCACUAGGCAAACAAUGUAUUUCUUUUCAGUUUGUUUUUUGUUUUUUGUUUUUGUUUCUUUUAAUAUAAAAUUGCAGUUGAAGUUUGACCAAAUAUGUAUAAAUAACAAUAAACAUUAGAGCUUAUAUUUGCAUUAUGGCCCUUGCUGAAGCAGAGAAUUAACCUGGUCUUUUUAUUUCCC